AUGAUGCUAUUCGAGCAAAGGAAGAAAAAAGUGCUCGAGUUAGCGGAACAAACGAACGAUGCUCUGAAAACGAUACAAGAAGUCGGUCAAAAGCUCAAUGUCACAAGCGACACCGUAAAGAAAGUCAUCGAGACGAUCAAGAUUGCCGCGAACUCGUUCGGCGACAAGGCUAUCUACGCAACCGCUUUUACCGGCACGGUGGGGGCUGUCGGAAUCAUCGCCAAUUCGAUCGCAACCUACCAAGGGGUCGGCGAGCUUCGCGCGAUCGCAGGCCAUCUCAAGAGCAUGAGCGAGACGCAAAGGGCGGAGCUUGCACUUGCCGGUGGAGCGGCAUUUGCCGAGAACAUCUAUGUGAUGCUGAAAUCCAAGAUCGAAAAGUCGAACAACGAGCUUGACUGGUUCUUCGUCUUCCAUCCGGACACGGACUGGACGUACCAUUUUGAAGAAAAACUGCGGACAAAGGGUCUCCUAGGUCGGAAUUUUAUCGGCAUCGUGCAUGACCUCGACGCCCUGGUUGCCUUUAUGUCGUCCGUCAGAGACGUUUAUGCCACGCGACACCCACGCAGAAAACAACCCUUCUUCCAUCUGGUUAUCCCGGCCUAUGAGCCCAUCAUUGUCCCUACUCCACUACUCGUCCCGGAGAAACUGCACCCAUUCCGGAUAGAGGGAGAUAUCCACCGUGGAACGUAUCUGGUUUGGAUGAACUUGCCAGGCGUGGACGAGAGCGCCAUUCAGAAUAUCGGGUUGUUUCAGCCGCCGAGGUCUAUCUGGGACAACAUCAUGCUCCAAGUCGGCCUCGUCCAAACUCCACCUCCCCGCUACCUCGGUUCUACUACCCAAAAGAUAGAACAAGCCCCGGCCGCUCAACUUCCAGCGCCAACCCCGGUUGCAGAGAUCGCAGCGCCUGAGCUGGCAACUAACGAGAUAUCAUCACUCAAAGUCAGUCGUGAAUCUCUUCGGCACACUUCUACGUAUCCGGAUAGUGAAGUGGGAUCGACACAUAGUUCCCGAUCACAUUCCCAUAGACGGCGACGACGGCAUCGGACGAGUAGCGUGAGCUACAUUUCUUGA